UCUCUCUCACUCCCCCCACCCCCUCCUCUCUCUCUCUCUAUCUCCCUCCCUCCCUCUCACUCUCUCUCUCCCUCCGACAGUUAGCUGUGAAAUCUUGGCUCAGGGACUCCUCGGUGUUUCCAUGGAGGUCGGGUUUAAACUUGAACUGAUGACUUAAAAAAAAACAACCCACAUCGCCAGUAAAUUUUCACCAUUGAGGUGAAUCUAGAGCCCUCUCGAGAAAUAGCAAAGAGCGCGAUCGGGGGGACAAGUCCCGCACUCAGUAUGCUAAGCGGCCUCGCUCUGCCUCACGAAUUCAAAAGGAUGUCUUCCAAGAGACCCGCGUCUCCGUACGGAGAAACAGACGGAGAGGUGGCCAACGCGACCAGCCGACAGAAAGUGGACGAGGGAGAGAGUGACGGAUACUCUGCUUUUCACCUUGCCCUUCCCCCGAACUUUGCCAACAACCUUCACCCGGAGGAACUACACACCCCGUCCACGAUGACCAGAGAGGCUUUGUGUUGCGAGAGUCCAGCGUCUCUCCACGACACACCGGAUCACGAGGACAACAAAUCGGCCUCUCUGUUCCCCACACACAACUCAUCUACCUCACCUCUGAAGGCUGAAGAAGGGGCCCGACAGGGCGUGGAGUCGGGACCCGGCACGGUGCUGGGGACGCCGGAGAGACGCAAAGGCAGCCUGGCCGAUGUGGUGGACACACUGAAGCAGAAGAAAAUGGAGGAACUCAUCAAGAGUGAGCCAGAGGAAACUCCGAGCAUCGAGAAGCUGUUAUCGAAGGACUGGAAGGACAAGCUUCUCGCCAUGGGAUCGGGACACAUCGGGGAGAUUAAAGGGACCCCCGAGAGCCUGGCGGAGAAGGAGCGGCAGCUGAUGGCGAUGAUCAACCAGCUGACCAGCCUGCGGGAGCAGCUGCUGGCGGCGCACGACGAGCAGAAGAAGCUCGCGGCCUCGCAGAUCGAGAAGCAGCGGCAGCAGAUGGAGCUGGCCAAGCAGCAGCAGGAACAAAUAGCAAGGCAACAACAACAGCUGUUACAACAACAACACAAGAUCAACCUCCUUCAGCAACAGAUCCAGCAGGUCCAAGGUCAGUUGCCCCCGCUGAUGAUCCCUGUCUUCCCGCCGGACCAGAGAGCGUUGGCAGCCGCCGCAGCCCAGCAGGGAUUCCUCCUGCCGCCAGGAUUCUCCUACAAGCCCGGGGGAUGCAAUGAACCUUAUCCUCUCCAGCUUAUCCCCACGACAAUGGCUGCAGCUGCAACCCCAGGACUUGGCCAGCUCCAGUUACAGCAGCUGUACGCGGCACAACUUGCAGCGAUGCAAGUGUCUCCAGGAGCCAAGUUGCACAGCAUGUCGCAGUCCAGUCUAAGCAGCGCGCUAUCACCCAACAACGUCCAGGCGGAGAAAGGAAGGAACACGCCUCCGCCCAAGGGCAAGGAUGAGGUGACACAGCCGCUCAACCUGUCGGCCAAGCCCAAGGCGUUUGACCCCACCAAGUCGCCAGCUUCACCGGGCUCACCGCCUAUCUCCGCCCUGAAGGCCAGCUCCGGACACCACAAGCCUCUCAUGUCUGCCACGCUGGGCAGCACACCCGGCAGGAUGACUUCUAUAGACAUCCUCUCCUCCAUCACAUCCUCGGGCUACCUGAACGACCACGAGGCCAUGGCCAAAGCCAUCCAGGAGGCCCGGCAGAUGAAGGAACAGCUCCGCAGAGAGCAGCAGGCACUCGACGGGAAGGUUGCAGUCAUUAACACUCUUGGACUCAACAACUGCAGGAUGGAAAAGAUAAUUUCAAUGGGGAGAAAUAGUAUUGUGUGCAACACAAUGGAUGCACUGGUGCAUGAUAAAACAUCACUGGAAAAUCUCGCCCAACAUCUGUCUGAGAAGAGACCAGAAGAUGGGAAGUUUGGACAUGCGAUGGUGGACUUUAACCUAGCUGCAGAAUCAGAUGGAAGCGCGGGAGUUUCGGAGCCCAGGAUUUACCGGGAAGCGAGGGGCAGGAGCAGCAACGAGCCUCACAUAAAGCGGCCGAUGAACGCCUUCAUGGUCUGGGCCAAGGACGAGAGGCGGAAGAUUCUGCAGGCGUUCCCCGACAUGCACAACUCCAACAUCAGCAAGAUCCUAGGCUCUCGUUGGAAGGGCAUGACGAACCUGGAGAAGCAGCCGUACUACGAGGAGCAGGCCCGACUCAGCAAGCAGCACCUGGAGAGAUACCCCGACUACAAGUACAAACCGCGGCCAAAGCGCACCUGCGUGGUGGACGGCAAGAAGCUGCGAAUCGGAGAAUACAAAGCCCUGAUGCGUAACCGGCGCCAGGAAAUGCGACAGUUUUUCACUGUUGGGCAGCAAGGCCAGAUCCCCAUUGCCACGGCGGGAGUGGUGUACCCUGGAGCCAUGGGCAUGGCGGGCAUGCCCUCGCCCCGUCUCCCCUCCGAGCACUCGAGCAUGUCCAGCAGCCCCGAGCCCAGCAUGCCCGUCAUCCAGAGCACUUACAGCCUCAAGUCGGAGGAGGGCCGCGGCCGGGAGGAGCUGCGUGUGGGGGCGGUGAACGGCGGCGGCGGCGGCGUCUUUGACGAGUACGAGGACGAGGACGAGGACGACCCCGACGCCGACUACGGCAGCGAGGAGGAGAAUCACGUGGCGUCCCACGCUGACUGAGCGGGCAAGGCCUGGCGGCGGCCAACAUACAGUCAACGUCGGCCCGACCCACGCACGCACGCACGCGCCUACAACACGGGGGGGGGGAGCGCCUCAUCCCACCAGAGCCAAGCACAUGGUGACUCUCCGAUACACUGACUGUUAUUUAAAACUAUUUAGUCUUAAUAAACAAGAUAUAGUCAGAGCUCUACUGACUAAUAGACAUCGGCCUAUGUACAGGCAUGGAAAAAAUGAUAAGCUAUGGGUAAACGAUGCCAGUAACGUCAGCUGCUAUUCCUAAGCACUGCGGUCUUACCCUUCUGAGCUUUGUCUAACCUGUCGUUCUAGAAGAUUCUAUAAAAGUCUCACUCAGGUACAAAGUGCCAACAAGUGGCUUGUGAAUGUGUUUUGUUUAUUUUGUGCCACAAUAAAAGGUGUUUUUUUUUC